UGCUUCUUCGACUCAGUUGUUCACAUCAUAUUUCCCACCCCACCCCCUUUUUUCUGUCCAGUUCUUUAGAAAUUGAGUUCUUGAGGAAACACAACUGUAAACUUCAUCCAACAUGUUCGAUCUCUUCCUCUUCUGAUUCUCCUCUCACUUCUCGUCUUAUAUUCUUCUAGAUAGAAUUGAGGCAAUUAUGACGAGGGUUAGUCCAGAUUUUGGAGAUGAGGUCCAGGCAGUUUGGACGGUAUCAGCAGAUGUCAGCUUUCAGACUAAUCAGUUCCCUAAAUACAAGUUAGGGCCAAAUAAUGAAAUUCUAGAGGAGAUCAAAGAGGACAGCAAAGGUCCCCCGCUGAAGGAGGUUGUUGUUCAGGAAAUUAGCCAGCUAACUGAACAGCACAGGCGUUUAUCUGUCCGCGACCUAGCAAGCAAAUUCGACAAGAACUUGGCUGCAGCAGCGAAGAUGUCAGAGGAGGCCAAACUUAAGGAGGUUGCAUCUUUGGAUGGACACGUGCUUUUGAAGAAGCUUAGGGAUGCAUUGGAAUGUUUGAAAGGAAGAUUAGCUGGUCAGAACAAAGAAGACGUCGAAAAAGCCAUCUCUAUGGUGGAGGCUUUGGCAGUUCAAUUAACUCAGAAAGAAGGAGAGCUUAUUCAAGAGAAAUUUGAAGUGAAGAAGCUAGUGAAUUUUCUCAAGCAGGCUUCUGAAGAUGCUAAAAAAUUGGUCAACCAAGAAAAAUCUUUUGGCUGUGCUGAAAUAGAAAGCGCGAGGGCAGUUGUUCAAAGAAUUGGAGAGGCCCUUGAGGAACAAGAAAGAAAUCAAAGUUCAGGCAAGCAACAGGAGUUGGAGGAACUAAUUGAAGAGGUUCAAGAGGCCAGAAGAAUAAGACUAAUGCAUCAACCAAGAAAGGUUGCGGAUAUGGAGAGUGAACUUCGGGAACUAAGACUUCAAAUUAGACAGAAGUGCACAGUUUCAAUUAAGCUGCAAAACGAGCUGGAAAUGAGCAUGAAAUCUGAGGAUAAUUCACCCCGGCUUUAUGAGAUAAGUGGCUCUGAGAAGUUAGGUUCUAUUCUAAGGAUUCAGUCCUGUUCAGAUGAAGCAGUAGAGCUUGCAAAAUGCUUGAUCCAGUGGUAUCGAUUGUCAUCUCAAUGCAGCCGCAGGGAACCUAUUUUGGGUGCUAACAAGUGUGUUUAUGCUCCCGAGCCAAUUGAUGUAGGGCGAGUUCUGCAAGCUGAUAUAGCAUCAAACGGCCUAAAGGUCACGUUGACAACUGAUGGUGCUAUUGAGCAAGCCUCAGACUUGGGAGCUUAUAUAGAUACACUUUCGCGGAAACCAAGCCUCGACUUCAAUGUAGUUAUCUCCCAAAUGAACGGAAGGAACUAUUCGUCACAUUCGGUGCAUUUGUUUCAUAUUGGGAAAACAAGGAUCAAGCUAAGCAGAGGAUGGAUCACCAAGGCCAGGGAUUCCUACUCUAAAUCUAUGCAGCUAUGUGGAUUCAGAGGAGGCGGCAACUCUGCUGCGAAAUCCCUUUUCUGGCAAGCACGCAAGGGGCAAUCGUUCGUGCUUGUUUUUGAUUCAGAGCGUGAACGAAAUGGAGCCCUAACCUAUGCCAGAAAAUAUGCUCUCGACUGCAAUGUGUUUCUUGCUGGUCCAGACGACGAUGCUCUGCUGUAAAGACUGACUUCUUCUUAGCGUUCGACUAAUGAUAGUAGUUUUUUCAAGUGUGCUGUUUUUUUUGGGUGUGUGGUGAUGAUAUGUUGUGGUUUUGCAAGUCUAAUAUUUGGCUUCGAUUUGUAGUUGCAUUUGUUCUAGGCAUGAUUUUUAGGUUUGCCUAAGUCAUUUGUUGUAAUAACCUAUUUUUUUUCAUGGCUAAUCAAUGAGCUGUUUGUUAAUC